CUGCGCCGCUCGCCCCGCUCGCAGCCGCGGCGUCGCGCGGCCCCGCUCCCCGGGUUUCCUCCGCCCGCGCCCCCGCGGCCGCCCCUCCCCCGCGCGGCUUUUAUUUCCCCGAUGCCGGGCUGUAACCCGAGCUUUUAUUUCCUGGUGGCUCCUUUAAGAGGCAGAGCUCAGUGCUGGGAAUUCACGUCAGUUUCUGCACUGAAACUCUCAAGAUCAAUGAGCAAAGAGCUUUCUCAGUUCUGCCUUUCAGUUUCUCUCUUCCAGGAAGGAAAACAUUCGAGAGAGCGAGGGAGAGCGGCGGGAGGGCGGGGGGCGGGGGCGCCGGCUGCGGGUGGGAGGAGAGACCGGGAGGCUGGCCGGGCUGCGUCCCGGGUCCCCGCGCCGCGCCGCGACCUGCAGACCCCGCCGCCGCGCUCGGGCCCGGCUCCCACGCCCCCGCCGCCCCGCGCGCCCAACUCCGCCGGCCGCCCCGCCCCGCCCCGCGCGCUCCAGACCCCCGGGGCGGCUGCCGGGAGAGAUGCUGGAAGAAACUUCUUAAAUGACCGCGUCCGGCUGGCGGUGGAGCCUUUCUGGGUUGGGGAGAGGAAAGGAAAGUGGAAAAAACCUGAGAACUUCCUGAUCUCUCUCGCUGUGAGACAUGUCUGAGACUCCUGCUCAGUGUAGCAUUAAGCAGGAACGAAUUUCAUAUACACCUCCAGAGAGCCCAGUGCCGAGUUACGCUUCCUCGACGCCACUUCAUGUUCCAGUGCCUCGAGCGCUCAGGAUGGAGGAAGACUCAGUCCGCCUGCCUGCGCACCUGCGCUUGCAGCCAAUUUACUGGAGCAGGGAUGACGUAGCCCAGUGGCUCAAAUGGGCUGAAAAUGAGUUUUCUUUAAGGCCAAUUGACAGCAACACAUUUGAAAUGAAUGGCAAAGCUCUCCUGCUGCUGACCAAAGAGGACUUUCGCUAUCGAUCUCCUCAUUCAGGUGAUGUGCUCUAUGAACUCCUUCAGCAUAUUCUGAAGCAGAGGAAACCUCGGAUUCUUUUUUCACCGUUCUUCCACCCUGGAAACUCUAUACACACACAGCCGGAGGUUAUACUGCAUCAGAACCAUGAAGAAGAUAACUGUGUCCAGAGGACCCCCAGGCCAUCCGUGGAUAAUGUGCACCACAACCCUCCCACCAUUGAACUGUUGCACCGCUCCAGGUCACCCAUCACGACAAAUCACCGGCCUUCUCCUGACCCCGAGCAGCGGCCCCUUCGGUCCCCCCUGGACAACAUGAUCCGCCGACUCUCCCCAGCUGAGAGAGCUCAGGGACCCAGGCCGCACCAGGAGAACAACCACCAGGAGUCCUACCCUCUGUCAGUGUCUCCCAUGGAGAAUAAUCACUGCCCAGCGUCCUCUGAGUCCCACCCGAAGCCAUCCAGCCCCCGGCAGGAGAGCACACGCGUGAUCCAGCUGAUGCCCAGCCCCAUCAUGCACCCUCUGAUCCUGAACCCCCGGCACUCCGUGGAUUUCAAACAAUCCAGGCUCUCCGAGGAUGGGCUGCAUAGAGAAGGGAAACCCAUCAACCUCUCUCAUCGGGAAGACCUGGCUUACAUGAACCACAUCAUGGUCUCUGUCUCCCCCCCUGAAGAGCAUGCCAUGCCCAUUGGGAGAAUAGCAGACUGUAGACUGCUUUGGGAUUACGUCUAUCAGUUGCUUUCUGACAGCCGGUACGAAAACUUCAUCCGAUGGGAGGACAAAGAAUCCAAAAUAUUCCGGAUAGUGGAUCCCAACGGACUGGCUCGACUGUGGGGAAACCAUAAGAACAGAACAAACAUGACCUAUGAGAAAAUGUCCAGAGCCCUGCGCCACUACUACAAACUAAACAUUAUCAGGAAGGAGCCAGGACAAAGGCUUUUGUUCAGGUUUAUGAAAACCCCAGACGAAAUCAUGAGUGGCCGAACAGACCGUCUGGAGCACCUAGAGUCCCAGGAGCUGGAUGAACAAAUAUACCAAGAAGAUGAAUGCUGAAGGAACCAACAGUCCACCUCAGCGGGCCGGCAGCCCAGGGAACCCCUGCCCACCAGGAUUGCUGGAGGUGUGACGGAGCAGGCGGGCUGAGGAGAGUGGAAAAGGAAGCGACCCAGAAAUGGCAGGGACACUUCUCUUGCAGACGAAGAGGGACCCUGGAGCACCUUGGACAAACCACCCAGCAAAGGCGGGGCUGGAAUUCUGGCAGAGGGCGUGAGCCUGGGACUCGCAUGUCACGUUUCCUUCUCAUUUGGAAUCUCCAUCUGUAAUUCCUCACCCUCACCUUUCCACCGUUGUUAGUUUCAUGGUGUUUUUGUUUUUGUUUUAAGAACAUGCAGUUUGACUCUUCAUCAUUCAUCUAGGGGAAGACAUCCAAUGUUGUUUUCCUAUGGAAAUAUAUAUCUAUUAUAUAUAUAUUUUUUGCAAAUCUCACAAAGUGCGGCAAGCCCAGCUGGUCAGGAAAGAGAAUACUUGCAGAGGGGUUCAGGUUCCUCUUUUUCCUGCCACAUGGAUCAGGUUUGUUCCUGUUACUGUUGGGUCUUGGCUGAAAAAAAAAUGCUUUUAAAAAAGAUAAAAUGAAAAGGAGAGCUCUCUUUUUCUCUCUCUUGCUCUGUUCUUCCCUUGGUCCCCUCUGUCCUCCCUCCCUGCCUGCUGUUGCGAUUCAGAUGCCUUCUGACAGAGUUCAGCCUCUUGGAGAGUCUUGGGGAUUGUUGGCACCUAAACAGAAUCAGUGACCUGGGUGCUUUGUGGCCAGCAGCACAGAAUCAAACCCACAUCCAAGCAUUUGGCCACCCAUCUGAGGGAGGCCAAAAUCAUCACAGAUGCUGCUGUCCUGCAGACAGAUACAUGCUAGACCAGCGAGCCACCCCUGAGAUGACUGUGAGAACCAUGCGUCUAAGGCGUAAGAUAAGGAUGGAAGGCUGUCCAAGUUACUUGGAAGGCCUCGGCAGCUUGGGAUUAGCUUGGGAGUGCUGCAAAGUGGAAAAUAUGAAAAGACCACACAGGCCCAGCAGUCCAGAAACUGGGCAAAAGUAUUCUGCAGUGCAGAUUUAUUUUUCCAAAGCAGGUAACAGAGGCUGGUGAGGAAAGAUCCUCUCUGCUCCAUUCCAAAGGCCAUCUUGCCAUCAGUUUCAUGCCUUCGCCUGAUUUUUUUUUUUUUUUUUUCAAUUCCUAGCCUUUUUUAAAGUUUCCUGGUCUCCACUGGACACAGCAUUGGAGACGGAGGAUCCCAAAGGGCAGUCUCAGUUGCAAUCAGUGUUUGCCCAGCCUGGGCAGACAGGAAAUUCCUCGGAUACAUUACUUUUCUUUCUUUCAUAGCUAUGUCUCAGAAAGGACCCAUUUGUGGCUCUUUUUCACCUCAAAAUAAGAUCGAUGGUAUCUUGUAAAAUGAGGGUAGUGCCACUUCUUAGUAUUUUUGAUGAUAACAGAUAUUUUUAGAAAGCUGUUUUAAAUUUUUUUUUUUUUUUUCCUUUUCUAGCCAUCUAAACUGACUCUUCCAAUAUAGGUCUCAGAAAUCCAACAUUUGGAGUACAAUUUCUUUUAAUCCAGGUUAGAUCUGCCUUACAAAGCACCCCCUCCUCGUUCCCCUCUGUUUCCUCCACUCAGCUGGGGGAGCAACUCACAGCUCCUCCAGGAUACAUAUGUGCCCUCAGCAGCAGCUCCCAGGGAAGUUGCCAGAGACCCCAGGCUUCUCCCCAGCCUUUUCUGAGUUGAGUCAGACCCAUAGAGUUUGGGUCACACAGGCAAGAGGAAUUUUCCCUGGGCCUUACUGACAAGGACACCAACCUAGGAUGCGAACAGAUGGACUGUGGGUCAAGGACACUGGAAUUGAGCUGAUCAAGGCUCUCUUCAGCCUUGGUCUGUCCCUGCCUCUUAUCAGAGCACAGGUAGACACACGGGCGUAGCCAACCCACUCCUACUGUCACAGGUGCCCCACCAUUCGACCUUCCAGGAGGUCAGGGGCCUUCUGUGUGAGGUGAGCGGGUCUCAGUCUGCUUGAAUGGUGAUGAGAUUCUGCUGGAUUUCAGCACACUGCAGGUGUCUUUUGAGAGCGUUCAGUAGGAUAUGGUGAUCCCUAUUUCAGCCUCUAAGAUGACUGGUAUUCGAUCUCAAAUGCAGAGAUUAAGCCAAAUACCUGAUGUAUUGUGAAAGCCACUGAUUUUAAGAAUGGAGAGAAAGGGAUUUGUACCACAUCCCUCUAUGAAUAUGAAAUCCGAGACCAGGGCAUGAUGUUGCUCGGGUUAGAGCCUCUCAGUCUGGCCUCUUCACCCAAGUGCAAGAACUCAGUCUCUUACUGCUCAAAGAAUCUUACAGUUGAAUUACGGAGGGAAAUUCCCUUUUGCCCCAAGAGUUUCUAUAUUUAAAGCAAUAUCCCAGGAGAAUAAGUUAGACUUAGGAUGAUACCUUCAGCCACUUGAAGAAGAAAUAGAAGGCAUUCAUUCCAAUAUAGUCUUCAUUUCCCAUUCAGAUACAGGUUGAGCAUCCCUAAUCUGAACAGUUAAAACCCCCCAAAUGUCCCAAAAUCCAAAACUUCUUGAAUGCUAUGACACCAUCAGUGGAAAAUUCCACACCUUAACACCUUUGCUUUCUUCUGGUUCAAUGUACACAAAUUGUUUUAUAUAGAAAAUUACUUCAAAUAUCACAAGAUUACCUUCAGGCUAUGUGUAUAAAGUAUAUAUGAGCCAUAAGUGAAUUCUGUGUUUAGACUUUAUGUCCAUCCCCAAGAUUUCUCAUUUUAUAUAUAUAUAUACAAAUAUUCCAAGAUACAAAAAAAUUUUAAAAUCCAAGACCCAGAACACUUCUGGUCUCAAGCAUUUCAGGUAAGGAAUAUCAAUCUGUACUACCAAUAAUGAUUUUUGUAAUUCCCCUAACUGCAAAUGUCCUCUUCAUUUGUUCUUUAUGAGAAGACCUGGGUAGUGCCAGCACCUGGAUACAGUAUUUACAACCUGCAGACCCUAAAUAUUUCAGAUUGAAUUUGGCAAACCUUGAUGAAGUACCUGCUGGACGCUGUGAGGCACCCAAAGCUCAAUCAGCCAUAAUCCCUGCUUUCAGAGUUUAUAUUGUACUUGCCUAAUCCACCCAGCAUGAAAUUUCUCAUUUCAACACCAAGGACUAGGGGUGUUGUCAGGGGACAAAUCAGAAGUCAGGAGAGGAAAAUGCAAAGGAACCCUGCCAUGUGAUGGAUCUGUACUCUCACUUGGGUCUUGAAGUUCUCAUUCCCACAUCUCAAGCUAGCCAGGCCGUCUCCUCUGUAUCAGAAGAAAGCACUGGUAGUUGGCUAGACUGGCUAUGUUGAAGGUAACAUGAACUCUAAGAUCUUGACCCAAGGCGACUUGGUCUUGCUUAAGGUGACAUCACCCAUGUUCCAAAUCCUUUGGGGAGGUGAGGGCAUCCCCACAGAAAACGAGGAAUAACAGACCAAUGGAUUUUCUCCUUUCAACAGUAUGUUUAGAACCCUCUUAUGCAGUGUCUCUUGAUACUGAUCUCUUGUCCAAAUGAGAAUGUCGCUUUAGCUGAAAUUCAAAUGGCUGUGACAAUUUACUGAAAUGAUGAAGUAAACCACCAUUCCCACCUUUUACUGCCUAGGCUCCAAGUCUGAAUACAUUUUUGAAAUAGGAACUCCCUUUUGCAAAAAAGAAACCUGGGGGUCAGGGAGGUGAAGUGACUUGCCCUAGGAGCAGACAGCAUGCCAAGAACGGAAUUAGGAUCAGGAUCCAGCCUGGGCUUACCUUGUCUGGCCCAUUCCCACCCAGGAAACUGAAGAUAAAAGAUUUGGGAAAACACUCAAGAAAAAGGGGCAGUUUCCUUUGCCCAAGCAUUUGGUGCUAGUUAGAGGCUAUUCACUCUCUCCUGCUCCUCUUUGGAGUAGAAAUAAAGGCUGUGACAUAAGGAAGCCAAUGGGGUGGGAGGGGGGACAAUAAUCCCUGCCUAAAACCCACAGAAGACUAUCCUGAUACUCUUGACCCAACUGCAUCAACACUAAACAACUGCAGACCCCCUGAAUCUUUCACACAUGCCAAGUGAACAUUCUUGAUGAUUUCUCUUUGUGACUGCAACCACCUGCAAACCAGAACGAAUCUAGAAUUUCCUUUUCCCCCCCUUUUUGUUUAGUUUCUAAUCUCUUGUUUAUGAGGUGUGGGGUUUAUAAGGGACUGAAUCAAAUGAAUGUAACAAAAAAGAAAAAAACAAAAAAAAAAAUGCCUUUUCUCAGGGCCAGUGAGUUGCAAAUAAUUUUUAAAGAAAAGCCUAUAAUUACAUCAUCUCAAUAAAUUUUUUAUAAAAAAAAA